UUCUCAGUCCCGGUUGAAGAUUCCAAGGGAAAUGAGAGCACUAUUUUGUUUCUCCCUUGUAUUGCAGAUAGGGGGAGGAGGUGGUUAUUAGAGAGAAGCUCUUCCUCUCUCGGUUUCCCCCUCUCUCCGCCUGACAGCACCGCUCUCUCGCGGGCUCGCUCGCUCUCCUAGGUGAUCCAUUUCUAGGCAACGCAGGUCUGGCGCUGAAGCUGCCAGGCUCGCUCCUUGCUCGCUUCCCGCAUCCUGCCAGGCGAACCGCUCCAAGAGCCUCCUGCAGCCUGCGCCGGCUUCCCUCCUCCGGCCCGGCCCCGCUGCUCGCGCCCGGCGCAACUCCCCUGCCACCGCGCCCGAGCGAACCGGCUCCUCGGCCCGCCUUGCCGAACUACGCUCCCGCCUCGCACAGAAAGGGAAUUUUCUCUGCAUUACUAUCUGCAUUACCUUGAAGUUCACUUUUACUACCCCUCUUGGAGAGGGCUUUUUGCUCUCCCUGCUGGAAUCUGGCCGCUCCGCUUGGAAUCUCCUAAUCUUUCCUUUGCACUUAGAUUUUAUUUUGGCAGCGAAGACAAGUGAUUCUCUGCGGGCCGUUGGGGCGGGGGGAGGGGGCUUUUUCGGCGGGGGGAGGGGGAGGGGAACAUCCGGCGUGAAGGCGGGGGGGUGGUCUGUUGGAAGUUGCGGCGGAGCUGGGACCGGAGACCCGCGGCCCCCGCGCAGCGAUGGGGAUGGUCUGAGCUCCAGCCUCUCCCCCUGCCCGGGAGCAGCCAGGCUGGAUACAUUUUUAAAAAGCCAAACUGCAAACAACUCUGGCGAUGCCAGAAUUCCCCUCCAAGUGACACGGCUUGGCGAAGGCGCUUUCCUCCGGCUGGGCUCCUCUUCUUCGCUCUGCCUUCCUCAACGACGACUAAAAGCUUUGCUCUGGUGACAGGAAUUGAGAAAAAGAAAAAAAAGCUGUGCUAAACUCUGUCGUGACCUCAAACUCUUUGGACUUCGAAAAAAAAAAUUUUUUUUUAAUAUUGAAAGGAAAUCUAUCCUAAAAGAGAAUCAGCGUAGGAGGAGAUGGAAGUUUUCCCCUUGCUCUUGGUUUUGUCCGCCUGGUUGUCUCGAACCUGGGACUCGGCGAAUGCGGAUUCGAUCAUUCACAUCGGAGCAAUUUUUGAUGAAUCUGCCAAAAAGGAUGAUGAGGUGUUUCGCACAGCAGUUGGCGACCUCAACCAGAAUGAGGAGAUCUUACAGACUGAGAAAAUCACAUUUUCGGUGACGUUUGUUGAUGGCAACAACCCUUUUCAAGCAGUUCAAGAAGCCUGUGAACUUAUGAAUCAAGGCAUCUUGGCCCUAGUCAGCUCGAUUGGCUGCACCUCGGCAGGUUCCCUCCAGUCUCUGGCAGAUGCCAUGCACAUCCCCCAUCUCUUCAUUCAGCGCUCAACAGCUGGGACCCCAAGGAGUGGCUGUGGACUCACCCGAAGCAACAGGAAUGAUGACUACACUCUCUCUGUUCGCCCACCUGUCUACCUGAAUGAUGUUAUCCUGAGAGUGGUCACAGAAUAUGCCUGGCAGAAAUUUAUUAUAUUCUAUGAUAGCGAAUAUGAUAUCCGUGGAAUACAGGAGUUUCUGGACAAAGUGUCUCAGCAGGGGAUGGAUGUUGCACUUCAGAAGGUAGAAAACAACAUCAAUAAGAUGAUCACCACACUCUUUGAUACCAUGAGGAUAGAGGAAUUGAAUCGCUAUCGAGACACUCUUAGGCGAGCCAUCCUAGUUAUGAAUCCUGCCACAGCCAAAUCCUUCAUUACUGAGGUUGUGGAGACUAAUUUGGUUGCUUUUGACUGUCACUGGAUCAUUAUAAAUGAGGAAAUAAAUGAUAUAGAUGUACAGGAACUUGUAAGAAGGUCAAUUGGAAGGUUAACGAUCAUUCGGCAGACAUUUCCAGUCCCCCAGAAUAUAAGUCAGCGAUGUUUCCGGAACCAUCGAAUCUCUUCGACACUAUGUGAUCCAAAGGAUCCGUUUGCUCAGAAUAUGGAGAUUUCAAACCUUUAUAUAUAUGACACGGUGCUUCUGCUUGCCAAUGCUUUUCAUAAGAAGCUGGAGGACCGAAAGUGGCACAGCAUGGCUAGUUUGUCAUGUAUCAGAAAGAACUCCAAGCCCUGGCAGGGAGGGCGUUCCAUGCUGGAGACCAUCAAGAAGGGUGGAGUUAGUGGGUUGACUGGAGAGCUAGAGUUUGGAGAUGGAGGCAAUCCUAAUGUUCACUUUGAAAUUCUUGGAACCAACUACGGAGAAGAGCUUGGUCGAGGUGUUCGCAAACUUGGAUGCUGGAAUCCUGUCACAGGGCUGAAUGGGUCACUGACUGACAAGAAACUGGAGAAUAACAUGCGAGGAGUGGUUCUACGUGUGGUGACUGUUCUGGAAGAACCUUUUGUAAUGGUCUCUGAAAAUGUCCUGGGUAAGCCGAAGAAAUACCAGGGCUUCUCCAUUGAUGUUUUGGAUGCCUUAUCUAACUACCUGGGUUUUAACUAUGAAAUUUAUGUUGCACCGGAUCACAAGUAUGGAAGCCCACAAGAAGAUGGAACAUGGAAUGGCUUGGUAGGAGAACUAGUGUUUAAGAGAGCCGACAUAGGGAUUUCUGCUUUAACCAUUACCCCAGACCGUGAGAAUGUGGUGGACUUUACAACACGUUACAUGGACUACUCAGUGGGGGUCCUACUUCGAAGGGCUGAGAAGACAGUGGAUAUGUUUGCCUGUCUUGCACCAUUUGAUCUCUCUCUAUGGGCUUGCAUUGCUGGCACAGUCCUUCUCGUGGGUCUUCUGGUCUACCUCCUGAAUUGGCUUAAUCCUCCACGCUUACAAAUGGGAUCAAUGACGUCUACUACUCUCUACAACUCCAUGUGGUUUGUGUAUGGAUCCUUUGUACAGCAAGGCGGGGAAGUCCCAUACACAACUCUGGCUACCCGAAUGAUGAUGGGGGCUUGGUGGCUCUUUGCUUUGAUUGUCAUCUCAUCUUACACAGCAAACCUUGCUGCUUUCCUCACUAUCACCCGCAUUGAAAGCUCCAUCCAGUCUCUCCAGGACCUUUCCAAGCAAACAGAUAUCCCAUAUGGCACUGUCCUGGACUCUGCAGUAUAUGAGCAUGUUCGCAUGAAGGGCAUGAAUCCUUUCGAGAGGGACAGCAUGUAUUCCCAAAUGUGGCGGAUGAUCAACCGAAGUAACGGAUCAGAGAAUAACGUUCUGGAGUCCCAAGCAGGCAUUCAAAAGGUAAAAUAUGGAAAUUACGCUUUCGUAUGGGAUGCAGCUGUAUUGGAAUAUGUGGCUAUCAAUGACCCAGACUGCUCCUUUUACACCAUUGGAAAUACUGUUGCUGAUCGGGGAUAUGGAAUUGCAUUGCAACAUGGCAGUCCUUACCGGGAUGUCUUUUCGCAAAGGAUCCUGGAGCUUCAGCAGAAUGGUGACAUGGACAUCCUGAAGCACAAGUGGUGGCCCAAGAAUGGCCAGUGUGACCUGUACUCCUCAGUGGACACAAAGCAGAAAGGAGGCGCCCUGGACAUCAAGAGCUUUGCAGGAGUGUUUUGUAUCCUGGCUGCUGGGAUCGUCCUCUCCUGCUUUAUAGCCAUGCUGGAGACGUGGUGGAACAAGAGGAAAGGCUCCAGGGUCCCAUCGAAAGAGGAUGACAAGGAAAUUGACCUGGAGCACCUCCAUAGACGUGUAAAUAGCUUGUGCACAGAUGACGACAGCCCCCAUAAACAGUUUUCCACCUCGUCAAUUGACUUGACCCCUCUGGACAUUGACACUUUGCCAACACGACAAGCACUGGAGCAAAUCAGUGAUUUCAGGAACACUCAUAUCACCACAACAACCUUUAUCCCAGAGCAGAUCCAGACUCUUAGCCGCACACUGUCAGCUAAAGCUGCCUCUGGUUUCGCUUUUGGCAACGUGCCUGAGCACCGAACUGGCCCUUUUAGGCACAGGGCGCCCAAUGGGGGCUUUUUCAGGAGUCCUAUAAAAACAAUGUCAUCUAUUCCUUAUCAACCAACUCCUACCCUGGGGCUCAAUCUGGGUAAUGAUCCAGACCGAGGCACCUCCAUUUGAGCAUCCAACAAAAAUCUCUUCACUGUUCCUUUCGUAGGACUCCCUUUGCAAGGAGCGACUGUACUAUUGUGGGACUAACAUGGAUGUAACAUUUUUAUUUUAAAUCAGGAUUAUUAGUAACAGUUCUAGUUCUUUCUCUCUACCUUCUCCCUCCUCUCCGGCCUCUCUUUCUCUCCUUCUUCUUCCCUCUCUUCCCGGACAUUUUUGCCCUCCACUUUUUUUUCAUGACUCAAUUUGUUCCCCCAGAAGGUAGUCUGCUAGGAUUCUAUUAGUCAGCUUUUCAUAUACUGUACUUCAAGUAUAGGAAACAUGCACUGAGCAUACUAAGAGUAUAUGCAGGAUUAAUUUUACAUAAAGGCCUCUUGUGUAACAUUUCUCUAUUUUUAAAACUAUAACUGCAAUAACUUCCGUCUUUUUACAUUCUUCUGCUGCAUCCAUACAGUGCUCCACUGCUGUUGAGUGUCCUUUAACUGUGGACCAAAGGCAACCCCUGCAGUGUUUAUAGACUAAUUCAAAGACCAUUCAGGCCACAUAAUAUGAGAAUGCAAUUUUGUAGGACUACAAAAAAGCCAUUAAUAUGCCAGUCAAGACUACAGUUAAAACUACUCUCGCACUGCACCAGUGCAUAUGACCUUUAUGUGAUUGUACAGUAUUAAAAGGUUGUUUUUCUUAUGUACAGUAAACUUUAUCAUAUGGCAGCAGCCUCUAUUGUGUUAAGUAAAUUAGUAUCUCAUAUAUAUAUAUAUAUACAUAUAUAUGCACCUAUAUAAUGUGUAUAUAUAUUAAAAGGCGGCCAUUGCUAUUGCAAUUCAUUUAAUAAAGCUUUAGUUUAAAAAAAAAA